AUGCGCUGGCUACCUCUGCUAGCUGCUUCGGCUCUGUCUCUAGCUCCUGCUGUCCUUACCCUGCCAGCAGAUUCGCUCGAAGCCCGCCAGCAGACCGUCAUCAGUUCGAGCGACCUCUUGGGCGAACAGCAGGGACAAGGCAGCGCGGCGGGCUUUAUGCACGGUUCGGAGGAAGAGCACACGGGUACAGGGUGGCUGAGCCAGUGGAGCAGACAGAACAAGGACGACUUCCUGGAAGCGUUACGGAACAACAAUGCAGACGAAUACAUCGUCGUGAUGGGCAACGAAGCGGGAGACCUCGACUCGCUCGUCUCGGCCGUUGCGCUCUCCUUCAUGUACAACCACCUCGACCCGCCUCAGAAAGCCGUCGCUCUCUUACAGACUGAGCAGGACGCGCUCGACUUGCGGCCUGAGAACGCUCUCGCGCUACACUACGCUAAAAUGAGUUCGGGACACCGUGACUUGCUGACCGCCGACGAGCUUCCGAUCAAGCCCGUCGACAUGGGCCACCGCAUCAAAGGCAUCGCGCUCGUUGACCACAACGUUCCUCGCUCGGACUGGAGCAAGGCUCGCAUUUCUGCCAUCAUCGACCACCACGAAGACCGAGGCUUUGGCAACGACACCGCCAACCCGCGCAUCAUCGAGCGGUCCGGAUCCUGCUCUUCUCUCGUCACUCGCUACGUCCUCGACAACCUACCCGGUGCCGACAAGGCGUAUCCGAUUCCGCCUGCAUACGAAAUGCUUGAGUACGCGGUUGCCGACAAUGCUGCAGAGUCGCAGGUUCGAGCGCCUUUGCCGCAAGAACUUGUUGAGCUGCUUCUUCGAACAAUCGCAAUCGACUCCUCCGGCCUCGACAAGGACUCGCGCCAACCCGUCGACGUCGAGUCUGCCUCGCGCCUCUUCGCUCGCAGCUCAUGGCGACACCGCAAGCUGAAGGAGGUCAUGGACACGCUCGACAAGGACCUGAAGGCGUCUCGUCGUGCGCUCGACGGUCUUGACGUUCGAAGCCUGCUCCGCCGUGACUGGAAGGGCGACAGCAUCCCGACGCAGUCAAAGAAGUACCCGCACAUCGCGCUCGGGUUCGCAUCGUCUCCCGUCUCGCUCGAAGAGCAGAUCAACCGGACGCCCGAAGGCACCGCUCCCGAGUGGUUCGCCAUCGAGCGAGCAUGGACCGCCGAGAUCCAAGCCGACGUUUCGGUCGCUCUCACCAACUUCCGCGACCACAAGACGGGCGAGAAGACGCGGCAGAUCGCUCUCGUCGUGGCACACGGCUACGGAAAGCGCCUUCAUGAGGGCUCCGCCAACCGCCUCUUCAAACAGCUCCGCCACGCCAUCGAACACGCCGGCGUCAAGGACCUCGACAAGUGGCACAGGCCGGACAAGAAACCUCUCCUCGCGCGACGGGCAGUGUACCAGUAUCAGGGCGACUACAGCCGCAAGUUUUGGAGACCGAUUCUUGAGAAUGUCGUGAAGGAGUGGGAGGGGUGA